GUAAGGAACCUGCAAGGGCAAAAGGAUUGUAACCCUGAUAUCAUUGGCAGUGAAAGUUAGCUGCUCUUCAACAACACAUUCACUGAGGAAGAACCAACACAGGAAGUUGCUAUCGUCUCUUCAUCAACGACAAAAUGGCGACCGCCAGCUUGUCCGUGUCUGGUUCGAGGAGUCCGAUGCUUGGGCCCGACGACUACAGUCUAUACAGUGGCUUGUCAGAAGAUGAGCUAAUUGAGCUGGCUGUCGAGCACAGCUUGGCUGAUGCCUACGUAUCUGUCGCCAGAGCAGUCUCCACCAAAACGCCUGCUUUUCAGAAUGGGCCUGCAUGGAACCAGCCAAAUUCAAACCCAGCCUUCACACAAAGCGCACCUCUGUGCCAACGCAACGCCUCAGUGUCAAUCACCUUCCCUGCUAUGCAACCCAAAGAUGACUGCGAGACAACGACUGGAGACCACCAAAGUGAAUUAAUGAAUGAAGCCACCAGGAGCCAUUCCUCCAUCACAGACAAAGGGCAACGAUGCGUGGCAUGGAGGAGAUACAACGGCUCAAUGUAUUUCACGCCAGAAUCUGCGGAGCUUUUGGACCCUGUUGCCGAAGCAAUCCAGAAUGGUGCUGUAGACAGACUGAUUAGAUUGUCAUGGAUGGGGAAAAGUCUGACGAAGCCAAACAAGCAGGGCUGGGCCCCCCUUCACGAAGCGGCCUUCUACGGACAAGAGAAAUGCCUCAAGGUCAUACUGAAGGCCCACCCUGAGGUGACUGACAGCCGCACCCUUCGGCAGCAGACACCACUGCUCCUGGCCGCGUCAGCAGAUCACGUGGGGUGUGCGCAGAAACUGCUGGAGAGCGGGGCGGACCCCAACAUCCCCAACAAGGACGGAGAGACCCCGCUCUACAAAGCUUGUGAGCAGGAGAAUGUGGAAAGCGUGGAGCUGCUCUUGAGCAAUGGAGCCCAGGUGAACAAGACAUGCCUCCAGGGCUGGACAGCCCUUCACGAGGCCGUGAGCCGCAACAACGUGGAGAUCUGCAAGAUGCUGGUGAGAGCUGGCGCCGACAUCAACGCCCGCAACAUGUACGGCAUUACCCCGCUCUUCAUCGCAGCCCAGAGCGGACGAGCGGAAGCUCUCCUCUUCCUCGUGAAGAAAGGUGUGGAUAUAAACAGCCAGGUGAAUGAUGGGGCUACAGCUCUGUACGAGGCCAGUAAGAAUGGCCAUGAAGAGAUUGUGGAGCUCCUUCUGUCUCUGAACGCUGAUGCCAACAGAGCAGCUAAAUCUGGGUUUCUGCCCCUGCACAUCGCUGCCCAGCGUGGAAAUGAGGAAGUUGUGUCCCUGCUCAUCCCUGUCACCAGUAGGGCCCGUGUACAGCGCAGUGGCAUCAGCCCCCUCCACCUGGCCGCUGAACGCAAUAGGGACGACGUCCUGGAGGUCCUGAUCGAUGCCGGCUACGAUGUCAACGCCAUGCUGUCACCUGACCGCUCCAAGAUGUAUGAAGACCGCCGGAGCACGGCCCUCUACCUUGCGGUCAUGAACAACAACAUCAGCGCCACCACCAUGCUACUGGAUGCAGGCGCUAACCCCAACCUGGACAUGUUCAGCCCGCUGCUAGUGGCACUGAGGCAGGGCUGCAUCCAGACCGUCACCCUCCUGGUGGACCAUGGUGCCAAUAUCAACGCCAGUGUUCCCACCCACCCAACUUCUUUCCCUGGCACCGUCAUGUUCUGCAUGAAGUACCUUUCCCUGCUCAAGUAUCUGAUGGACAAUGGUUGUGAUGCCCUGUCCUGCUUUCAGUGUCAUUACGGCUGCAACCCCCACCCACCCAUCAAAGCAACACGUGACAGGAGCAGCCUGGAUGACAAGACAGAUGAGGAUACUCCCAAAAUGCCUGUGCAGUUCUGCGAGAUCAUUUCUGCACCACAGAUCUCUCGCUGGGCGGGACCCAUUAUCGACGUACUGCUUGACUACGUUGGCAACGUGCAGCUCUGUGCCAGACUCAUCGAACAUCUGGACAGCUACGAGGACUGGGCAGUCAUCAAGGAGAAAUCCGCUCUUCCACGCUCCCUGAUGCACAUGUGCAGACUGACGAUUCGCAAACAACUGGGAACAGAGAGACUCAAGCACCUGAACGCCCUGCCCCUCCCAGAACGAUUAAUCAAGUACCUAUCCGUGGACCGCUCCCAAGCCUAUUAAAGACACCAGCUGCUGUCUAGCCAAAAAGUGGUGCCAUAACAGUCUGCCGGUUGCAGUCCCAUUUUGUGUGCUAUAGGACAGUCAGCCUAAUUAAAACAUUUACUUUUCUUCAUUAUAUUUGCGUGAAAAUGGUGGCUGUGAAGUAUUGAUUUUACAUGCAGUUGGCAGCAAACGAAAACAAAGCAUGCAAAACAAAUUUUUAAAAAGCAUGUUUUAGUGUUUAACUACCAAUUAUUCAGGUGCAGUCUUUAUUCAUAUUGUAAAUGUUGCUCAGGUUUAUCGGCAGAUAUGUUUUACUCAUGCUAGCUAGACACUGUACGUUUGUAUAUGCAGUUGUGCAAACCGUUAUAUAUUAUGAAGGAUACGUCUUAACAGACAGUUUGGAUUGAUGACCUUGGUGAAUGUAUUUUAUUUCAUCUGAGCAGCUGUGUGAACAUUGUGAAUUUUGCUCCACAGUUUGGUUAAAGUUAACAGAAUGUUUUGUAUUGGGAGAGAAGAUUCUUUUGCAACACAUCAAAUUCAACCUUGAAAAUUGUUUUAUAAAUGUGUUGUUCAUAUACAAAAUAAUGUCUCAUUUUUUACUAUUAUUAUUGAACCACCCAUGCGAAUAGUACAUGAAUUAAUCUAAAUGUAUUGUAUGUAAAGAUGUUGAACAAUAGAUCACUGUAUAUUUGGGGUUGGCAGAUUAUUCAAAUCAUUAACAGAAAAAAUAACAGGUUUGUGUCACUUUUAAGCUGACAAAUGUGUAGCACAGAAGUCAAUGUCUUGUGACAAUCUUAUCAAAUUGUAUUAGCAAGUUAUUUUCUAGGCGUUCUUUUUCUGAAACUAAAAGAACGGACGGAGUGUAGCACAGUGGUUAAGGAAC